AUCUCUGGUAGUGGUCCGGGAGGACGCAUUCUCGCUGCUGAUCUCGCUGGCGCUCCAGCUGGAGGUGCCGCGGCUGCACCAGCAGGUCCAGCUAUGCCUGGCGCCUCCUUUACUGACAUUCCGUUGACGAACAUGCGACGUACUAUUGCUAAACGUUUGUCAGAGAGUAAGAGCACCAUUCCACAUUAUUACUUGACAUCCGAAAUCAACAUUGAUGCAUUGAUCAAGUAA